AUGUGUGGAAUUUGUUGUGUGGUGAGCCUGUCCCCUCGUUCUUGUGUGCUGGCGGAUCGAGUGCGGACAAACUUGAUCAGCCGUGGCCCCGACCACAGCCAGGAUGUAACAAAAACUGUGAUGAAACCAGAUUUCAAAUGCCUCUUCUCAGCCCAUGUCCUCCAUAUGAAAGGCAGCCUGACUCCACAGCCUCUUCAAGACUCUGCUGGUAAUCUGCUCCUUUGGAAUGGAGAGAUCUUUGGUGGCCUUGAAGUGGGACCAGAGGAAAAUGACACUAUAGUUAUUCUCCAGCAUCUAUCAGUCCAGGAAGAUUCCACUGGCAUAUGUAGGGUCUUUUCCCGGGUCCGUGGGCCCUGGGCUUUUGUGUACUACGAGGUAGCAAAGCACUGCAUUUGGUUUGGCAGAGACUAUUUCGGCAGGAGAAGUCUGCUAUGGCACUCUGACCCUGAGGUGGUGAUUUUGACACUCACAUCUGUGGCAUCAUGCCCCUCUACCUCAGAACAGUCCCAGUGGCAUGAAGUGCCUGCAGCUGGCAUUUAUAGGCUUGAUCUGAACGACUGUGCCCAGAGUAAAGGGCUGAUCAUAGAGGUUUUCCCAUGGGUUAACUCUGAGGACCAUCCAUCUGUUCAUACUCCUGACUAUACAUGGGAAGACUUGCCAGCGUAUGCCACUGUCAUGCCAAACCUCUCUGGUGUGUUCCUCCAGUCUCCUGUAUGCCCUAUGAACAUGAGCACGUCAGCACCAGAAAGACACUUGGGACAUGUCCAGAGCCCCCAGCUUUCUCUGGAGAAUUUGGAAGAACUUUUAAUGCAAAGUGAGAAAGUGGAAAGGGUGAAACAACUCAUAGAGGUACUGAGUGAAGCAGUGAGACGAAGGGUGCAAAGCUUACCCUGCAGCAGACCAUUUACUGAUCAAUCAGGCACUAAUGAUGAAGCUGACAUUGCCGUACUUUUCUCAGGAGGGAUUGACUCCAUGAUUCUGGCUGUCCUUGCUGACCGGCAUGUUCCUGCAGGCAAGUCGAUUGACCUUCUCAAUGUGGCCUUCAAGCUCCAAGAGGCAAAACCGCAAACACAGUCUAGCAAAAAGGGCAAAAAGCCCAAAACUGACCCUACAGAUGAACACCAAGGAGACCAUAAUCUGACUCGCUGUUUUGACGUUCCUGACAGAAUCACUGGUAGAGCCGGCCUGUUAGAAUUGCAACACCUAAACCCAGAACGCCAGUGGAACUUUGUUGAAAUCAACGUAACUCCAGAAGAGCUCCAAAGAAUGCGACAAGAGCGCAUCAGCAACCUGGUGCAUCCUUUAGACACAGUUCUGGAUGACAGCAUUGGCUGUGCAGUGUGGUUUGCUGCCAGGGGGGUUGGCAUGGCGAUGGACCGUGCAGAACAGAAGCUCUACACUUCAAAUGCAAAGGUGGUUCUGACGGGCAUUGGGGCGGACGAGCAGCUGGCCGGAUACUCCAGACACAGGGUACGCUUUAAGAGCGAUGGGGUUGAGGGAUUGGUCAAAGAGCUGGCCAUGGAGCUGAGCAGAAUUUCGACACGGAACCUUGGCAGAGACGACAGGAUCAUCGGGGACCAUGGAAAAGAGGCCAGAUUUCCAUACUUGGACGAGGAUGUGGUGAGUCUGUUGAACCAGCUGCCAGUGUGGGAGAAGGCUGACCUGUCCCUGCCCCGGGGGCUGGGGGAGAAGCUGCUGCUCAGGCUGGCAGCCAGAGAGCUGGGCCUGGGGCCCUCGGCCAUCCUGCCCAAGAGAGCCAUGCAGUUCGGAUCCAGGAUCGCCAAAAUGGAGAACCGCCGCGAAAAGGCAUCGGAUAAAUGCAAAAGACUCAACACAGAAUAAACCAGACUCUCACUGAUCAAUUUGAUAGUUUAUUGUAGAAAAUUGCAUAAUUUCUGAGGAAUUAAUUUGAAAAAAGAAAAUCACAUCUGUCACCCUUUCCCCCCCACUAAAAUAUCUGGAGUUACAUCCUUGUAAAGAACAAGUCCUCACUUUACUUGUUUAAGCAGGUCAUAUAUCUGUUUAUUUUUAAAUGUUAAUGUAAAUAAACAUUGAUAUCUUGGA